CAGAGCCGCAUCUCAUUCUCCGUGGACCUUCCCCGCCAUCACCGCCUACUCUCGCAACCUCGCCCCUCGCCCCUCGCCCCUCGCACCUAGAACCUGCAUCUUCCCGUGCCAGCCCGGGCGACAUCACUCACUCGAUCUAUCCACAACACGACCCGACGGUGACGCCACUGGCGCAGGGGACAACGAGUCCGAAUAUACGGCCAAGGAGAGGCUGCAGGUUGUUUUCAAGAGCGGGGUUUUGGCGACGUGGAGGGCGUGACGAACCCGAGCUAGACACCGUCCCAGAGGACCUUGAGCAUCACUCCUCAGCCGACAGCGAUAGAGACGUGCCGCCAUGAUGGAUGACUUCGUGUCGGAGAGCGAGAGCGACUAUACCAGCUACUGGCGGGACUGGUUCAUCUCGUCCCGCGGCAACGAGUACUUCUGCGAAAUCGACGAAGAGUACCUUACAGAUCGAUUCAACCUGACGGGUCUUAACACGGAAGUCCAGUAUUACCAGUAUGCGCUGGAUCUGAUCACAGACGUCUUCGACCUUGACUGCGACGAUGACAUGCGCGAGGCCAUCGAGAAGUCCGCUCGUCACUUGUAUGGCCUGGUCCACGCCCGAUACAUCGUUACGACUAGAGGUCUAGCAAAGAUGCUCGAGAAGUAUAAGAAGGCCGACUUUGGCAAAUGCCCCCGCGUCCACUGCAACUCGCACCCCCUGCUGCCCGUGGGCCUGACCGACGUCCCGAACCAGAAGCCGGUCAAGCUGUGGUGCGCGCGCUGCGAGGACCUCUACAACCCCAAGUCGAGCCGCCACGCUACUAUCGACGGCGCCUACUUCGGCACCUCGUUCGCCCAGAUCCUCUUCCAGGUCUACCCGUCCCUGACGCCCACCAAGUCCAUCGAGCGCCACACGCCCCGGUGCUACGGCUUCAAGGUGCACGCGUCCGCCGCCCUCGAGCGCUGGCAGGACGAGCAGCGCGACACGAUGCGCCGCCGCCUCAAGCGCCAGGAGGUCGAGCCCGGCUUCAAGGACGACGGCGAUGUCGACGACGACGAGGAGGACGAGGACGAGGACGAGGAUGAGGAGGUCGAGUUCCACCAGGGUGCUGGUGCCGCAGCCGCAGCCGGCGCCGGUGCCGAGGCAGGAGCCCAACACGUCGCGGGCUAGGAGCCCCGCCAAUUCUCAACCAAACCCAAACGUUCCCCCACCGGUUCGGAAUCUUCGUCGCUGUGAUUCUUCCACGGGGGUAUAAGAGGGGCGGUUGGCCAGUUAGUCAUCGUCGUCGUCAUCGUCGUGCGUAUGCGUGUUGUUGCUUUUGGCGUUCAGGCGGGCCGGGAUAUAAUGGGUCACGAUGGAAAUACCUCAGUUGCAUCGGCAGGGCGUGCAGUUUAUGGUCAUGCAUUAGGCACUAUGGUUUUGCCUCAUUGAUACCUGUUCAGGCAAGAUAAUCCAAGUGAUUGAAAAGUCAUCCAAGGCAUCAUAUUGAAUUGUAUUAUUACUUGUGCCCUCUCUCCUUAUGCGACGCUGCAUUGCCAGGCCGAAAGCCAGCAUCUUUAUUCUCCUCAGAUGUUGUCUGGUCAUGCAAGUUUAUGGACAUGGUAGUGUUGACCACGUGAGAUGUUUCCAUAAGCGCUCGGUGAGCGCCUCUCAGAAUAUGGCCUCAAAAUUGAGCCGCCCCGAGCCAAUACGUCACAAACAACAGCCGAGCUUGAUCUGCACAUGUCACUCUACUGAUGGGAUCCAAGGUGAUAAGGUGGGGUACAAAGUACCCGA